UGGUCCGACAGGCAUGACGGCGAACAGAAACUGGGUCAUCGAUUGAAAACCGUUUAUGUCACAGUUUUCUGUGUUGCUAUCAGACAUUACCAGCGAGUUCAAUGGAUAGACGGACCCUAUCGCCGAUGUUACCAGCUGUUUGGGAAACCCUCCUGAACCUGGACACCACACCCCUGCCUUCAAAGGUGGCUCUUUGUCUGCUGACGGGCGGGAGCGCUUUCCUUCAUCAAUUUGUUUGCGCACACAAGAGGCAGACAGGUCGGGGCAGCUGUUUAAGGAUCGCAUCAUAUUAAGGCAAAGCACAUCAAAGCGGAUGAAACUAGGUCAGACUGAAGCAAAGCAGACCCGGAGCGGACCAGACUGAUCCAGACGGCACCAGGCACGUCCAAGAGGCCUGUUCAAGUUUCCUUUCCAGUUAAGGGCUCAAGAGUGGAUGGAAGGAGAUGAUUUUAAUACAGAGGCUGUGAUGAACAUCUGUGAUGACCUGAUGGCAGACCAGCGGAUGGACAUAUCGUCUACAAUGACUGACUUCAUGUCCCCCAGUUCCACUGACCUCAUCUCCAGCUCCAUCAGCACACCUGGCAUGGAUUACAACCGCAAGAGGAAAGGAAGUACCUCAGACUACCAAAUUGAUGGCUUCUCAUUUGAUGACAUGGAUCCGGAUAAGGAUAAACUGGGCAGUGACCACCAGGGCAGGAUUAAGAAUGCCAGAGAGGCUCACAGUCAGAUUGAGAAACGUCGGAGGGACAAGAUGAACAGCUUUAUCGACGAGCUGGCGUCCCUCGUUCCCACCUGUAACGCAAUGUCCCGCAAACUGGAUAAGCUAACGGUGCUGCGUAUGGCAGUCCAGCACAUGAAGACACUCAGAGGUGCAGCUAACCCAUACACUGAGGCCAACUACAAGCCUUCCUUUCUCUCAGACGAUGAACUGAAGCAUCUGAUACUAAGGGCUGCUGACGGUUUCCUCUUUGUGGUCGGCUGCGAUCGCGGCAAAAUCCUUUUUGUUUCCGAAUCUGUAUACAAGAUACUGAACUACAGCCAGAAUGACCUAAUAGGUCAGAGUUUGUUCGACUACCUUCACCCCAAGGACAUCGCCAAAGUCAAAGAACAGCUGUCGUCUUCAGAUACAGCCCCAAGAGAGAGACUUAUUGACGCUAAAACCGGUCUUCCCGUGAAGACGGACAUCACUCCUGGUCCCUCUCGGCUCUGUUCUGGAGCCAGGCGGUCGUUUUUCUGCAGGAUGAAGUGCAACAGGCCUUCUGUCAAAGUAGAAGAUAAAGACUUUCCCUCCACCUGCUCCAAAAAGAAAGCUGACCGGAAGAGCUUCUGCACCAUCCACAGCACAGGGUAUCUAAAGAGCUGGCCCCCCACCAAGAUGGGGCUGGACGAAGACAACGAGCCGGACAACGAGGGCUGCAACCUGAGCUGCCUGGUGGCCAUCGGCCGCCUACAUCCCCACAUCGUCGCCCAGCCCAGCCCGGCAGACAUCAGGGUGAAGCCCACAGAGUACGUCUCCCGACACGCCAUCGACGGCAAGUUUGUCUUCGUCGACCAGAGAGCAACAGCUAUCCUCACCUACCUUCCCCAAGAGCUGCUUGGAACCUCCUUCUAUGAGUAUUUCCACCAGGAUGACAUCAGCCACCUAGCAGAAUGUCACAGACAAGUCCUGCAGAUGAGAGAAAAGAUCAACACCAACUGUUACAAAUUCAAAAUCAAAGAUGGCUCCUUUAUAACGUUGAGGAGCAGAUGGUUCAGCUUUAUGAACCCUUGGACCAAGGAGGUGGAGUACAUCGUCUCUACGAACACCGUCGUAUCGUGUCACAUAAUGGAAGGAUCAGAUUACCCUCAGUCUGCUGCUUCCCCACAGAGUAUGGACAGCGUUCUGACCUCAGAGGGCGGCGGGAGACGAGCUCUGCAAACUGUCCCUGGCAUCCCUGGUGGCACUAGAGCGGGAGCGGGGAAGAUCGGCCGCAUGAUAGCGGAGGAAGUGAUGGAGAUUCAGAGGAUUCGAGGCUCCUCCCCCUCCAGCUGUGGUUCCAGCCCUCUGAACAUAACCAGCACCCCUCCACCGGACACCUGCUCACCAGGGGGCAAGAAGAUUCAGAACGGUGGGACACCGGAGCUGCCGAGCUCGGGGAUCCUUCCUGGACCCGAUUCUGUGGGCUACCCGUACUCCAACCAAUCCAUCAUGAGUGAUAACUCCCACCUGGGCAUAGACAUUAUGGACGAGCCGGGUUCCAGCAGCCCCAGCAACGAUGAAGCCGCCAUGGCGGUCAUCAUGUCUCUGUUAGAGGCCGACGCCGGGCUGGGCGGCCCCGUCGACUUCAGUGACCUGCCCUGGCCUUUGUGAGGCAUCUGGAAGGGAAGAUCUGGAGCCACUGAUGGAGAGAGUUUGGUCAUCCUGUUUUAUUUUUAUUUUUUUGUUUUUAUUUUUUCCUUGGAUCUCAAGUUUUUUUUUUUUUUUUUUUUUGCAAUCUGUGCACAACUACACUGAAAAAAAUGGCGUCUUGAAAAGAGUAUUUUGAGUUUGUAAAUACUGAAGAUUUUUUUAUUCCCAGGAAAGACGUAUCCGCUUUAGACUUCCACUCUCCUACUCUUUGAUUCAUCAUUCCUUGUAGGUGGGCCUGGUUCUCAUGGAGACAAACUAUGUGGUGUUGAUAGCUCCUGCACCAAAUGACGCUUCAUUUUUCCAGUGUCGGUUGCCAGCAGAUCGAGCGCCUCGUCACGCCGUGAGCGACGGCCUCUCAGACCGCGGCCUCGGAAGCAAACGUUACAGAAAUGUGGUGCUAACAUGUACAUGUUGCUUCACUGACUCCUGUCCAGCAGUGGCUCUGGGACCCCCCCUCCCCCACCUAGCAA